UGCAAGGAGUUCAUCCACCUGUCCUGUUAGAAGUGCCCUGUGCCCUGGCUGGCCGGGAGGAGCAAGGGUCGCCCAGCUCUGGGCUGGAAGGCGCUUCGGGGCCGGGCCACCUCGCCGGCCUUAUCAGAGGCAGCGCGUCCGGCCCCACGAGCUGCAGGCGGCUCCCGAUAGGGAGUCUGUGGGCGCCACACAGGACAGCGGCCCGACCUGCUGCGGGCGGCCACCCCAGCCCCGUCCGGGAGUCCUUCCUCCUCCAGGGUCCUCGUGGACGGAGCCCAGGAGCCAGCGGGGAAGCAGCCCCUGGGAGCGCGCAGCGGGCAGGUCGGGACCCGCGGCGAUCCCGCGCCCGGAGCCGCCUCCGCGGAGCCUGUCCGCCCAGCACCGCCGGGCCCGGGCUCCCUCGGUCCGGAGGCCCCGCAGGCCGCGCAGCGCUCAGGCCGCCCGCUCGCCCUCCCCCGCGGCCCGCGGGGAUGUCGGCCAAGGCCGAGGCCGGCUUCCUGAAGGAGGCUUCGCGGCAGAUCCUGGCCGGCGGCUCCGCAGGUCUUGUAGAAAUUUGCCUGAUGCACCCCCUUGAUGUGGUGAAAACCAGGUUCCAGAUUCAGAGAUGUUCAACUGAUCCAAACAGUUACAAAAGCUUAGGAGACAGCUUUCGAACAAUUUUCCGAACAGAAGGGUUGUUUGGUUUUUACAAGGGAAUUCUACCACCCAUAUUGGCUGAAACACCAAAAAGAGCAGUGAAGUUUUUCACCUUUGAGCAAUAUAAGAAAUUGCUGGGAUAUGUGUCACUGUCACCAGCAUUGACAUUUGCCAUUGCUGGACUAGGGUGUGGACUAACAGAAGCCAUCGUGGUUAACCCUUUCGAGGUAGUAAAAGUUGGCUUGCAAGCUAAUCGGAACACAUUUACAGAGCAGCCAUCCACCAUGAGCUAUGCAAGACUCAUCAUCAAGAAAGAAGGCUGGGGGCUCCAGGGCCUCAACAAAGGAUUUACAGCAACAUUGGGACGUCACGGAGUUUUCAACAUGGUUUAUUUUGGCUUCUACUUUAAUGUCAAAAGCAUUAUUCCUGUCAAUAAGGACCCAACCUUGGAGUUUUUGAGAAAAUUCGGGAUCGGUCUCCUCUCGGGCACAAUAGCCUCAGUCAUUAACAUCCCUUUCGAUGUUGCCAAAAGUAGGAUUCAAGGGCCUCAGCCGGUUCCUGGAGAGAUCAAGUACAGAACCUGUUUUAGAACAAUGGCCACAGUCUCUCAGGAAGAAGGGAUUUUAGCUUUGUACAAAGGUCUGCUUCCCAAGAUUAUGAGGCUUGGACCAGGUGGAGCGGUGAUGCUGCUGGUUUAUGAAUAUUCCUAUGCAUGGCUUCAGGAGAACUGGUGAUGGCCUAUGAAGUCUUUCUACCCCUGGAGAUAAUGCGUGUUUGCUCACCAGCACCUUGAGAUGAUCAAUCAGCUAAUCUGAUACAGUUAUAAAUUACCACUUAUGUACAAUUAUAAAGGGAAAAACAACCUCAGAUCAGAAUCUAUUUUGAUAUUUCAAAACUUAUGUCUACAUAACUUGAGACUGUAGUUUUGGCUAUAUUCAUAAAAUUGUAAGAAAAAAAUAAUAUAAAGCAAUUAGGUAUGUAAACUGAAUAUGGAAAAAAAUAGUGUAGAAGUCAUAAAUAUUUCAUAAAAACAAUAUAAGUUUUGUGACCUAUGUUUUAUUUACCUUGGUUCACAAUGAAAAUCUAUUGUAUUGAUCAUUAUUUUUCCCCAAGAGGCUAAGAAGUGCUUGAAAUAAAAUACAAAA